UGUGAAGCAGCCGCUGACAUAACAGUGAAUGGAGUAGGUUCCCAGCCACGUAAGUAGCAACUAAAAAUAGCUGCACCGGAGGGAAUGAUGUCCUACUGAAGGGAAAGGGUAGGCCUGGGGAACCCGGCCGUCCCUUAUUCGCACCUGUAUACGCUUUGAUUUCCACGUAAUAUUCUGCGGUGCUAGAAAUCAAUUAUUGGACAAAAAUAAUCACCGAUUAUAUAUGCAUGGUUUUGUGCCCUGUGCUUACGGACGAACGUAUACUGUAAAUGUAGCUAGCCAGCGAUGCUAACGUUACUCAUAUCGACAUAAUUACUGGGAGGCCCGUCAGCUCCACAAAUAUCGGCCAUCUACCCCGACAUUAACACUAAUUCACUGGUUAUCUUGACAACUGAUCAAGUGCGUACCGCGUUUGCAAGUUUUCGUCAUUGUGAAUAUUUUAAAUUCAGCAUCCUGGUAGAUGGCUCUUGGUUUAUCUAGCAAUAGCUCCCUCUUUCUUGCAAACGCACUGGCUGCUCAGCAACGGGGAGAAGCUUGCAGGCAGGCUGAAUCAAUGAGCUAGCUAGCUACAUUUAGCUAAUAACGCGCUAUAUUAGAUUGCGUGGGCUGCUAGCUAAUGCAAGGAAUCGAAAUAGUCGCAAGCUUGCCUAUCACAGUAUUGGAGCUAUAGGAUCCUUGUUAAAUUAACUGGUUAGGGUCAGGUUUGGCAGUAUUUCCAAUAUCUACGCACUGAUUGUCCGUUGAAGCUAUGGGCAUAACGUCAAUCUAACAGUACGUUAACGUUGUUAUGCAGUAGCUAGAUUAAGUUAGAAUUGCGUUUUAGUGUAUUUUUCAAAACUGGCGACUUUUAUUAUUGAUAACAUUCGACUUGACUGUUGCACGACUUACAGUUGGCUAUCCAGUCAGUUUAGGUUUAGUUUACUAGCUCGCACACCUAACUUGAUGCUCAGUGGAGGGGAUCCAUACAGCGACCAUACUGUUCCGAUUCACUUUGUUCAAAUUAGCGUACGGCUAUUGGAGUUCCGUCAGUCGAAGACCAGUUUCUCUGAAAAAAGCAAGUUACCUUGGAAUACUCAUGAACAUACAGCGGUCAAAUCCUAUUUACAUAUCGCGUUAUGGCAGAUCUAGACAUAAAACCAACGAUCACGAAGAACCGUCUUAUUUGAGAGCCGUCGAACCAACUCAAAGCUUCAGUCCUAAUUUAGGAUCUCCAAGUCCCCCAGAGGCGACAAAUUCUCUGCACAGCAUCUCUCGCAUUGGGAAGUACCUAUUGUUGGAGCUUAUCGAGGGAGACCACGUUUUCAGGGCUGCUCACCUACACAGCGGAGAAGAGCUCGUGUGUAAGCUGUUUGACAUCACUAGGUAUCAGGAAUCAUUGGCAGCAUACUUUUGCCUGCCAGCGCACGAAAAUAUCAACCAAAUAGUGGAGAUUCUUCUUGGAGACACAAAAGCCUACGUAUUCUUCGAGAGGAGCCAUGGUGAUAUGCACUCAUUUGUGCGGUCCUGCAAAAAACUGCGCGAAGACGAGGCCGCGAGACUAUUCUAUCAGAUGGCUUCCGCCGUAGCACAUUGUCACGACAAUGGACUUGUGCUGAGGGACGUCAAGCUGAGGAAAUUUGUCUUUAAGUAUGAGGAUAGGAGUGUGGUCAUGCUGGACAGCCUGGAGGACGCGUGCGUAUUGUGCGGGGAGGACGACUCGCUCUCCAGCAAACACGGUUGCCCGGCCUACGUCAGCCCGGAGGUCCUGAGCAGCGGAGGCAGCUAUUCAGGCCGCCCGGCGGACGUGUGGAGCCUGGGCGUCAUGCUGUACACCAUGCUCGUGGGCCGAUACCCCUUCCACGACCUGGAGCCCGGCUCCCUGUUCAGCAAGAUCCGGCGGGGGCACUUCAGCCUGCCGGAGAGCCUGACGCCCAAGGCCCGCUGCCUGAUCCGCAGCAUCCUCCGGCGGGACCCGGCCCAGCGCCUCACCUCCCGCGACAUCUUAGAACACCCCUGGCUCUCGGGUUCGGGGCUCGGCGGCGAAAGCAGGGAGCCCUCGGAUCAGAUGGUUCCGGACGUGAGCGCGGGGGAAGAAGCGCGCGCUUGAAUACGUCGAACGGCAGGGCGAAUGGGCAUCCUCCCAAACUAGUGCCCGUUCCUAAAGACACUGGCGAGCCCCUGAUGCGGGCAGAGCUUCCACGUGUUGUCAGCGACCCCCUGACUUGAACCAAUCACAGCGUUUUUUUUUUGCUGUGCAUGACAAAACCUUGUGAUUGGUUUGUGCAAGUCAGGUGAUCAGCAGCUCCACACAUUAUGGCAUUCAUGAAACCUCACUCUGCGGUUACUACAUCCAGUUGAGCUAAUGCAAUGUAGCAAAUGUAGCUUCAAGACUGGCGGUCUCAGGGUAGAUUGAUAUUAGGCGAUAACAAUGAGGAUGUAUUGGAGUCCUAAUUGGCGAUAGGUCAUUUCUCCUAUCAGAGCAGAAAUCCCAUAAACUGCAGCUGUCGGACUACAAUGGCAAACUCCUUUGUGUUUUAUACAAAAGGUCUGUAACUAAUGACCAACAAUGGCAUCGUACUGUUAUGUAUUUUUUGGCAGAUAUCAUUCAGGAGUUUUUAUUUCCGUUCCUAAGGAAAGUGACUUUUCUUGUGCACUUGAAUCAAUCCUAUGUUGUCCCAACUAGCACAACGUUUUGUAGCCGGAAGUAUUUUUCAUGCCGUUCUUCUCUUCUGAAUUCACGUGUCUUUUUUGUUAUAUUUUCAGCUUGUAGCAUUAUUAUUUUUUUCAGGGUUGUCUUCAAAGUGGGAAGUAAUUUAUUUAUCAGCCAGCCCAGCGGCCCCGCUGUUCAGAUGACAAUCUUUUAUGCAGUAGCUAUUAAAAUAACUUGGCCUGUGUGACCAUCCCUCCGCUUUCUUCAAUCAGGAGUAAUUAUACAGGGUUCCAAACUGACACCAGACCUCACAAGCUCUAACACAAUGUUGUCUGUACAAUUCAGAAGGUAACAUGUCAAUAUUAAAGUAAUGGGGAUUACCUAAAGGAACAAACGGCUCGAUAUAUCGCUUUUACGGUUUUAUUUGCAUGCAAGACGAGUACCCACGACAGGACGGCAAUUAUGAUGUAAAAACUGUCAGAUGUUUAAAUCAAAUGCAUCUGUUUUCUGAUCGUUUUCCUUGUAGUGUGCCUAGUCUCUUACGUGAUGAAUUUUGCAUGCUUCUGGGAUCUACACCAAAUACAACGCGGAGAAGAAACAGAAACUGUAAAUGUCAUAUAAAAGAACAUUUAAAUAUUUAUUGGUGUUUGAAAGAGCCUCACGGUGCUUUGUCUCACCGAGUGUAUCUGAUUAUAUCUUCACCACUCCAGCGUAAACAGUGUAGCCUCCCCCUUCUCCGUAAUAUUGGGAAAAAUGCUGGUGUCGGUAAAUUGUUCUGCUUUGGUGGCCUAUGCGAAGAACAGCGUGAAUAUAAUAUUUGAAAAUUCUAAAGGAGGACGGCUUAGACGCGCUUUACGCGUUUGUUUUUGUUUUCACAUAGAAAUGCAAUUGCAAUGCAAUGGAUAAACUGUCAACUUAGCAUUCCAAACUCCACAGGGAAAGGGUUGGUCAGACAGUAUUGAGCGUGAAGAUGCAUUUCACUCCCCCCACACACACGUGCCUUUCCUGUCUGUCAGUUUUUUCCCUCGCUGUAACACGCCUCCCGUUCGUUCUCGCACAACAGAAACCCAACCGGGAUUCAACCAUUACAGACUAAACGAUUGUUAGAUCUUCAGACUUGCUAGUAAGCUUCUGUUCGACGAAUUUGAAAGGGUACAGAACUAAAGAGGGAGAUGUUUCUUUGUGCUUUCAGUCACCCAGUUCCGUAACACCAAAAAAGAAACCUUUGUACUUAUAAACUAGGAAAUGCUGCACAGUAGUUCUGUUGAGAGGCCAGUUGCAGUGAUGAGAAGUAGAAUGAAAAUAUAAUCGCCACCAAAAUCUGCUUUUAAGACCAUGCACAUCAGCUUCAUCAUCACAUGAUCAUUCAUGAUCUUGUUAACCAUAGGCAUUCCACACUGCCUGCAUCUUUCGCUAAAAUCCACCACUUCAAAGUUAGGGCUAAACUGUUGUGGUUUAAUUAAUUGUGUAUAAUGGUAAAAUACACAUCACAGGUGCAAUAGGUACAGAGGUACAGAGCAGUCGGUAGAAAUUUGUAAGCUUAAAAAGCUGAAAAGCAGUUCAAAAUUGCCAGCACAUGACAGUAAUUGUUUUAGAGCAGGGAUCAUCAGCUCUGUCUCCUAAACCCAAAUUCAGCCCUGGUUUUCUUUUCUCCCGGUUAAUUGGUGCUACUGAUUGGCCAUACUGUCUUCACACCUGACUCCCGGGUAAAGGGAGGGUGGAAAACCAGCAGUUUUCGGCCCCAGAAGUACUGUGAGUUGCUGAUCCCUGUUCUAGACUCUGAUGGUACAAAAACUAUUUUUUUAUUUUUUUAUUUUUUAUUUUUUUCCUCGAGCAGCCAGCAUUCAUAUACUGGGCUAAUGUGCACAUAGAGCCUCAGUGUAAUCUAAAAAGAGUACCAGGGCUUAAAACGAGGCCUGGGCAGCACUGUUUCACGCGUUAAAAGUACCUCAUAUUAAUUUCCUGCCCGCACAAGUUCUGUGAAAUGGUGGUGUACUGGGCAGUUUCAUGUACAAGUUCUGUGGUUAUUUAAAUGUUACUUGAAUCUGUGUGUGGUUCUUGUCUGUGGCUUGUGCGUACAGCAUGGCGUAUGGCCUGUGGAUGCUAUAGCCUGCCCUGCAGGAAAAGCUUUAUACAAUAAAAGAUUAUAUAUAUAUAUAUAUAUAUAUAUAUAUAUAUAUAUAUAUAUAAGCAACAAUGCUUAAAUUCUCAGUGGAUUUAUGAAACCUGCGUAUAUUUCAGCUCAGCUCAAGCUUACAGGGUGAGCUGCUUUCUUUGAGGACUGUGAAGAUGGUGCUGAUGUUGGAGGUGUUAUUUUGACUGUUUUUGAAAUAAACCUGCAUGGUACAACAUUUCUGCCGUUGGGUUUGUAAAGUGUGUGGCAUAAUGGGUUGUCAAACUUUGUUAA